AUGCAGUCUGGACCUGCAGGCCAAUGUUGUCUGGGGAUCUUGGGCAAUCUCCCUGUUUCCUCCCUUCGUCCUAGAUGCAAUGACUCGCCAACCUCUCGAGUCAUGCCUACCUCGCGACAGGCCCCUCGGUACAGCCGCGAAGUCAUAGCCCUGGAAAGUCACAAGAAGAAGGCGAUCCUCUCCCCUUCGUCCGCUGCACAAACACCAAUAUUCAAGGAUGAACAAGAGCGACGUCCUGUCUUCAACGGUCGCACAUAUGAACCCAGGGGGCCUCCCAUUGGUCUUUUCCACCUGUCUCCAACAUAUUUCAUGAUCUUAAGAAGUUCUGAACCCCCGUCCCCGCCUGAUAGCUACAGCGGACGAUAUAUGGUGGUGAUAGAUUUUUUUGACGGAGAGUCCACGGAUACCCUCAUCGACCACCAACUCAACUACGAUUGGCCCGCUACAUUCGUACAGCCUCGUAUUCAAUGA